AUGAAGAAGGGCAGCAUAGUCUCCGCCUCUACGGCGUUUUGGUGUCUCUCUUUAGCAGCAGCAGCAGCAGCAGCACAGCAGCAACAGCAGAAAAAUGAGCAGCAGAAUUUUGGUGCUGCCUUUGGACUAGGGACACCUAAUAGCGCAGCGUCCCUCCAGGUACCAGACCCGUUUCUAAAUGCUGCAGCAGCAAGCAGCAGCAGCAGCAGCAGGAGCAGCAGCAGCAGCAGCGAAGGAGACACCCCUCUUAUACCAGGAGAAGAGUACUUAAGAUGGGAGCAUACUGUCUCCACUGUCUUUGAGCAGACAUGGGGAAGAAUGCUUGUCCCCUCUACUCGUAUACCCCUCUCUUCUCCUAAGAAAGAAGAAGAAGCAGCAGCAGCAGCAACAGCAGCAGCAGCAGCAGCAACAGGAGAAACCCCUCGGGAGACACCAGAGACUGCAGAUAAGGACCUGGCCUCAGCAAGGCAGCAGCAACAGCAGCAGCAGCCGCAGCAGCAUGCAGACAUAGACCAGCUAGCAAAAGAGGCGGGGACAGCAUUGGAGGAAUGGGUAAGAGAGCUGCUGCAGCAGCAGAAGCAGCAGGGCAGCAUGUCUCCUUCUGUUAGUGUCUCCUCUGCAAGGCAGCACGCUAUUGCUGCUGCACAGGUGCUGCUGCAGCAGCAGCAGCAGGGUGUCUCCUUUUCAUUGCUGCAGUCUCCUUUCUAUCCCCCUCUGGAGAAAUCUAAGGCGGAAGAGUUGGAGGCAGCAGAGCGGGAGGUGCAACGCAUGCAGCAGCAGAAAGCAGCAGCAGCAGCAGCAGCAGCAGGAGCCUUGUCUUCUGCUGACCUUAAGAGAGCUAAUGGCAAUCUCCUAGCAGCAGCAAACAAUGCAGAGGCACUAGCAGAGACACAACUAAGUGUCUCCUCUGCUUAUUUAGCUGCAUUAAGGGACAUGAGGAGCAGCAUUGCUGUCCCUCAGCAGCAGCAGAGGCCCCUAAUUGCUGCUGCUGCUAGCUGGGAAGAGACACAUUAUAAGGCAGAGAAGGUACUGCAGCAGCUGCAGAAGGUGCAGCAGCUGCUGCAGCACGGGCAGAAACAGGAGCUGGAGCAGCUAGAGAAGGAGCGGCAGCAAGUGGCACAGCAGCAGCAGCAGCUAGAGCAGCAGAUGCAGCAACAGCAGCUGCAGCAGCAGAUAGAAAAGCAGCAGGAGCAGCAACAGCAGCAAGGGGAGCCGUUUUCUCUCUACCCUCCAGCAGCAGCAGCAGCAGCAGCAGCAACAGAAGCAACAUAUACACCAACUCUCCGUCACCCAGUAAGAAGCCCGUCCCCUACUCCACCCCCAAGGAAGGUGUCUCCUUGGGGAUCGUCUUUUGGAGACGAUCCCCAGGGGCGCUCCCCGACCCCCCCUACCCCACUUAGCCGCACUAUACAGAGUAAAGGGGAGGAGACACUUCUAGGUGCAUGGCGUCUGCAGCAAGGGGAGAUAAGUGAUGAAGAAAAGGAGACACCUAAGAAAGGAGGGGAGGAGGACGAGGAGACACUUCUAAGGAGACACAUGCAAGAAACCGGGAGACCUAGAGAUCUUAGACAAAUACAUAAACAGUAA